AUGUAAGUAAAGAGAAUUUCUAUUGAAUUUGGAACAUUUGAUUAACUUAUAGAGGGAAAUGUUUCAGUGGCAGUUAGUUAAUAAGAAUUGGAUUAGGAAACUUAAUCUUUUUUUAGUAAGGAUGAUUUAAAGAGGAAAUUUAAACCAUUUUAAAAGGAAAGAAAUUCAAUAGGAAAAUUAAUAAAAAGAGCUAAAAGCAAUGAGACUACAUCUAGAUUUUAAUUUUUAAGAAGUUAAGAAGUAGUUGUUCAUCCAACAACUAAAAAAAAAAAUGAAAAUAGCAAUAUGAUUAACAAAUGGAGUACAACAAAUUUGUUAGGACUUAAAAAAAGAGAUAUUACUGCUCAAGAUUAGGAGGUUUCUUUAAGAUAACGUUUAAAAUAUUUUAGAGUAAAUCUCUAAGCAAACUAAGGUUUUAUAAAAUAAUUUAGAGAAUAUAAGAAAUAAUAAACUCCAGCAACAAUUUAAAGUAGAGCAUUUUUAGCACCAAAAAGAGAGUAUUUUUAUAAAGAUGUAAGGAGAAGCUUAAAAUAAAUGAUAGAGUCUCAUUCCAGGACCAGGUGUGUAUUCUGGUAGAUUCGUAUUGACAGAUCCUGGUCAAUCAAUUGAAUAUAGCAAAAGUCCAUAAACACCGAAACAAAAAAUUCCUAUUUGUUAGAAAGAUUUCUAUGAUAUAUAAUUAUAAAAAAAGAAUGAGAAUACGCCAGACUUUUUGAGAACUAUUAGUAGAGAUAAGGCUUAUUAAAGAAGUAUAUUUGCUCAGAUUGAAAUACAAAAGAAAGAAUGCAUGGUAUUAGAAAUUGAUUAAUGUUUUAUACAAGAAAAUUAAAAAAGAGUAACCAAUUGAUUAGAAAAAAAUCUAGUAAGAAAUUGAAUAUUUCCUUUCUCAAUAAUAAAAAUAUGGGAAAAUAAGUAAAUAUAUAUUUCAGAAUUUAGAUUAUCAAAGAAUAUUAGACAAUAAUUUAGAUGUUAAAAAAAUGACAAGGCCAGAUACACUUGAUUAUACAUGGAAUAAAAUGUUGUAAGAAAAUAUAAUAUUUUAGGGAACGUUAUGGUUUUAAAAAGAUGAAAGGAGGAAAAAUUAUCAAAGAUAGAGUCUAAACAUUGUAAAAUGAGUCAGAAUAAUAUUAAUUUAAUACUUGAUACUUUUAUUUAGCAAAUA